AUGCAUUUCUGCAUAACAGGCGGUUCAAAGGGUCUUGGCGAGGCUCUUUCCAAGUAUGUCUUGCUAAUGAACCAUGAGCUUACAAUCAUUGAUAAAGUAAGGCCUUCUGUUAAGUGCAGGUAUAUCUACCAUGACUUUGUGAGAAAGCUGCAUGUGCCGAUUGUCUGCGAUGUUUUAGUCAUAAACCAUGCAACGUUCAAUGGGUUUACAGAGUUUUUACGCGAAAAAAAAGAGAGUGUUGAUGAAUAUCUCCAUAUUAACCUUCUCUCGCACAUUCAGCUAAUUAUGCACUGCAAGUACUCUAGACUAGUGUAUAUUAAUAGUGUUCUGAGCAUAGCACCCUUUCCUCAUGCAUCUCUGUACUGCGCAAGCAAGGGAUUUAUGCACAACUUUUUAGAGUCUUUAAGACGAGAGAACGUGAAUGUUCUAUCAGUGUAUCCGUAUAAAAUAGACACAGAAAUGUUUAAAGAAGUUUGGUCUCCUUUUGCUUUAAAGAGAGAUGUCAUAUGCAAAGAUAUUUACAAGUCAAUUAUAAGCAAUGAUACACAUUUAUAUCUUCCUGGUAUUUUUAAAUAUGCAUAUUUAUACACUAUGCUUCCUUCUUUCGCGCAAGACUGGCUUGUCGCAAUUUUCUACUACAUAAUGGUCAGGCGGUGA